ACAAUCAUACGCGAAAUGAAUCGUUUGGGCAUGAUGGUCGAUUUGUCACACGUCUCAACGGGCACAAUGCGAGAUGCUUUGGAAGUCAGCGAAGCACCUGUGAUAUUCUCCCACUCGUCCGCCUAUGAACUGUGUAAUUCGAGUCGUAACGUUCAGGAUGAUAUGCUGCAAUCGAUGGCCAAGAACGGUGGCAUAAUUAUGGUCAACUUUUAUUCGCGUUUUCUAUCGUGCAGUGAAAAUGCCACCGUACACGAUGCUGUGGCUCAUAUAAAUCACAUUAAGCGCGUUGCUGGCAUUGAUCAUGUGGGCCUUGGUGCCGGAUACGAUGGAAUCAAUUUUACCCCCAAAGGCCUGGAGGAUGUCUCCUCAUAUCCGACAUUAUUUGCUGAACUAUUGGGCGCCGGUUGGUCCAUUGAAGAUCUAACCAAAUUGGCUGGUGGUAAUUUUUUGCGCGUCAUGCAACAGGUGGAACGAGUUCGCGAUGAAAAGCGAGCAGCCGGUGUUAAACCCUAUGAAGAUCACCCCAACUUCCGUGCCGAAGAUCCGUAUAAUUGUACAUCCAGUUAAUCG